AUGGUGGAUGGAUACAAUGAUGAUCAUAGCUCAGAUCAUACCGUCAGUUGUAUUGACAAUGAUCAAAUCUCCAUUCAAUCCUCUGCCGUUUCUUCUGUGCUUCCAGCCUCAUUUACCCUUCAACCCAUUUCUACUCAAAUUCCUACUCGAUUCAAACUGGCCAAAGGAUACUGUCGCCAUCGUCACUAUGCUGAAUCUCUUUCCGAAUGCAAGUUUAUUCUUCUCUAUGCCUACCAACUUUCUACCUUUCGCGAGCGCUUAUCUACCGUUCAAGCCGUCGUUUUUAUUUUACGCAAGCUUGGCCAACAAGAUCUUGACGCGCAGUAUAUUCUUGCGUCCACGUACGAAUACGGUGUUCCAGACACUAUCAAUAGUCAAACUGAUCCGCUUUUUGCUCCAAACCCUACCUUGGCCUUUACUGCUUACUUAUCAGCUGCAAAACGAGGUCAUAUUGAAGCCAUGUUCAAAAUCUCUGAAAUGUAUCACACAGGAAUUGGCACAAGAAUCUCUCGCGGCAAAGCCAUACAUUAUCUUCGUACAGCAGCCAUCAAGCACCACCCUCAAGCCAUGACACAACUUGGUCUGGUUUUGAUUCAUGGCAAAUACGGUCAUCCACAACGAAUUCGCGACGGCGUUGUUUGGCUUCGCAUGGCUUGCAGAUUUGCUACAGUUCAAUAUCCAGAUGCUCUGUACCUUUUUGCCGAGCUACACAUCAAUGGUCUUACAGAUGUGAUUUUCAAGGAUGAUCGGUACGUGGUAGAGUUGCUGGAGCGUGGUGCAAAGCUGGAACAUGCACCUUGUGUGUUCAAACUUGCCGAGGCUUAUCAAAAUGCUUGGUUUGGACUGGAUUGCGACAUGAAAAAAAGCUUUUAUGGGUACUGCCGGGCUGCGAAUAUGGGUCAUCUUGAAGCCAUGUUGGAAAUGUCAAGAUGGUACUUGGUUGGAGCGAAAAUGGAUUUGGAUGGAUUUGUACUCGAACAGUCUAAUGAAAAGGCCUAUCAAUGGAUCUUGAAAUCUGCAAAAGCUGGACAUGCGAGAGCAAUGUUUGGCAUAGGUCAUUUUUACAGUGAAGGAUUGGGUGUUGUCAAGAACACUGAUACAGCUCUGGAGUGGUACCGCAAAGCAGCCAAGUUG